AUGGCCGAGCGGCCUCCAUCUCCGGGAGAUGAUGCCACUCCGUUCCUGCUCACAGUCCACGUGAAACCCGCGCCGUUCCGACCUUUGGAACACUUUGAGUCGGAUGCAUGCCCUGCCCGAGACAAGUUUAAGAUCUAUGUUUGGAAGACCAACACCCUGAGGGAAGUUGCACAACUGCUCUAUGAUGCCGAUCCUACCGUGUCCUCGCCUUUCGCCCUCCAUGCCUUCAGGCACGUUUACUGGAACGACCGACUGCGAGAAUUCAAAGCAAAGCCGGUCGGCGUCGGCGUCACACGCGUACCACUGAGCAACGUGUCGGGACUCCUUUCCGAUCUCGACAGUGAUGACCGAGAUAUGGAUCUUGAUGUAGCCGAUCAGCGGCACGACGAGAAACCGUUCAGCGAGUCGACGUCGAAGCUGCUUGGCUGGGACUUGUUGCGAGACGAGAUUGACGAAAACGCUGCUAUCAUCACUCUCGCAGACAUUGGCCUGUCCGAUGGAGACAUGCUUGACUGUGUCGUCAGGCCGGAUCCCUCAUUGGCCACUGCGCCAAAGCAGAACAGACCGUCGGGACGCGAUGGCCCCUCGGACCGCUUUGCUCAUUCACGGCGCUGA